AUGACGGCAAAGUUCGGCUAUGUUACCACAGCUUGCCGUCUCUGCAAAGAUAUUGUGCCUCCUGAUGGUGGUGAUCUGCGGUGCGGUGCCAUCGAUGGUCCGGUCGGUUCGCCUCUACAGCCAGUGCUCCCAUAUGUACGUCAACGUGUUCCCAAACGGUACCAUUAUGGCUCGCUCCGAUGGAAACGAUCAACCGAAUCUCACCAUCAGUACGCGCGGCGUCAGUUUAGAACUGCUCAUUCACUCUCCAGUGCAGGACAUGUUCCUCUGCUUCAAUCGCUCGCGCUUGGUCGGCAGGCGACUGACACGCUACCAAGCAGAGAGACAGCCCAAUUGCCUCUUCAAAGAGGAGUUUGUGGACGGCUACAACAGAUACCAUUUGGUGAAGAACGAAGACCGCUACAUAGGGUUCAACCGGCGAGGUGUCCAACUGCGACGCGGCAAGAGUCGUCUCUCGGAGCGGCUGCACAAAUGUUUCUCGUUCAUGAAGGAGGCUCACGACUUCGAUAUAAACAGGCACAACAUAAUGCGCGCCGGCGACUUGCCCAAGUGGCGUCCGCAGCGUAG